ACAAUUGAGUAUUUGCAGCCUUCUCACGACAAAUUAGACCGUUUUCGAAGAUCCUCGCAUUCUCGGAGGGCUUCUCAUGCUGGGAGUUGGUAUACUCAUGAUUCUAGGCGAUUGGAUGCUCAGCUUUGCGAAUGGCUUUCUCAAGCAUCCGGGACUAGAAGACCUUCAAGAGCGAUCAUUACACCGCAUGCUGGAUAUGACUACUCAGGUCCUGUGGCUGCCUACGCUUUUAAUCAGAUCGUUCCAGAUAAUAUCAAACGAAUUUUUAUCCUUGGGCCUUCGCAUUACUUGCAUUUAAUGGGGAGAUGUUCGCUUGCCACAGUUGCUCAAUACAAAACUCCAUUUUACGAUUUGGCCACAGUUUAUACAGAGUUAAGAAGAACCGGUGAAUUCGACCAACUUUCUGUCGAUCGUGAUGAGGAAGAACAUUCCAUAGAAAUGCAGCUGCCUUACAUCGCCAAGGUGAUGGAAUCUAAACGUGGUUCGUUCACCAUUGUCCCGGUACUGGUCGGUUUACUCAACCUCGAGCGAGAGGCUGUUUAUGGCAGGAUAUUUGCUCCUUAUCUGAAUGAUCCGGACAAUGUGUUUGUCAUCUCAUCAGAUUUCUGCCAUUGGGGUAAGUUCCCGUUUAAUAAAUCACUUACAGGUAUGCAGUUGAUUGAAAAUCUGGAUGCCAAUGCGUUCAAUGCCUACUUGAAACAGUUCGGGAACACAAUUUGUGGCCAACAUCCAAUCGGAAUUCUGCUACAGAUGAUUAAUUGCCUACGUCAAACCCUUAACAAUAGCAAGAGUGUAUUCAAUCAAUCCGCCGUUCUUUUCAGCCGUCCAAACUCCUAG